AUGCAGGCAGAGAUUGUGGACACGAAGGGUGUCGCGGUGUGCAGCGAUCAGACGCCGGCACCAACAACCUCGGCACCAACGACGACGCCCACGACGACGCCCACGACGACGCCCGUCCCGGAGCCAACAACAACACCCGCCCCGCCGACAACGACAGCAGCACCCCCACCGCCCCCUCCGCAGGAGGAUUGCGUGUGCAUUUUCGACGUUGACCGGACUCUCACCGGCAGGCAAGGUGAUGUCACCAACUGCCCGGAUAAUAGGCUUGAAAGUACCAUCUGGGACACUGCCUAUGGCGGAGGUUGGCUCACUCUCUCAGAGGCAGCCCAGAAGCUUCCGGAGACUUUCUGCAAUUCGUGCUAUCUCGGCAUCGUGUCAGCAGGCGAUGCUGGUGGCCACGAUUCACCAGAAAGGCCAUAUCUGUUGGACAAUGUUUUGCUCAGUGAGAAGUACACCCAGCUUCGAGCAGAAAAUCAGCAAGCGUCUGCAUGGUCAGACUACCCCAACGUUGGUUCGCCGCUCGUUCUUGGCUGGCCCAACAGGGAGAAGCAGAAUGCCGCAGAAGGCAUUCUGGCUUGGUAUGCGCAGCAGGGGGUGACCAUCCCUCCUGCGAAAGUGUAUUUCUUCGGGGACCGGACAGAGAAUAUUGGACCCUUUGCCGCCAAGGGCUAUAAUGCCAGGGAGAUUUCCUGUGGCUCCAGAGACUACUACCUGUACCAGAACGGAAUGGUCGGCUACUGUGGUGCAAGGUUUGAAGAGAUUGUGGACACUCCGGGCGUUGCUGGCUGCUGA